AUGGCCGACUCGGAGGAAUUUAGACUCAAGCGAUUAAUGCAUGAGCAGGAGCAGUCCAGAGUGUUCGAUCAGGUGAUGGGACUGGGAGACUUUGCUGACUCCUCCAGAGGCUCCAACACCUCCUCUAAGAGUGAAGGUCCACAGGGAACACCAGCGGUAGAAAGACUUUCUGGACAAGAGGAACAGCAAGAAGGGGACAACAGCAACAGUAGUGGCAGCAGGCAAGAACAAAAUAUUGGUAAGGGGGUGGAGGAAUCAUCAUAUCCUCGCAUAGUAUCCCCUGCCAAUGACCAACGCUCCCCAUUUACCAUUGAACCCAGUGGAGGAGGAACUGGAGAGGCAGCAUUUGAUGAUGCAUUAGAUGGCCUUCCUUCAUUUGGUCCUGAAGAGGAGGACGAGGAUGAGGACUGGCACUUUGCCCUACCAGACGAGACAUUGCAGGAUGUUGACUAUGACAAAUUAAAGGGCAAAAAAAAUCAGCCGAGGGAGGGACUUGACAAAAUUCAAGGAGAUCCUUCUCUGGGACCUAGAGAAGUGGAGGAUGAGCAAGAGAAAGAUGCAACCAGUGGCUCUGCAAACACUUCUCACUCAUCCAAGGACAACACACCAGAGAGCAGUCAAGAUGUGGGAAAUGUGAAUCAGACGAAAGAAACAGAAGAGCACGUACAGGGUGAUCAGUCGGAGCGCCCUCCUGUAGAAGGCAGCAACCCUCCUUUGUCUCCCAAUAUCACCGUUAAAGAUGAACCAAUUGAUGAGGGAUAUGAUGCUGCUUUAUUGCCUCAGAGUAAUGCAAGACAAAUCAAAGAAGAACUAGAACAUCAGGAGGAUGAGCUCAGGAUCAGCUCUGUUUACUCUGUUGGCGGAGGUAACACACUUGCGCCACCUACGGUGACUGCAGCUCCUCCCCAACCAACAACCAUUUUUAUUCAGGGUAGAGGUGCUGUUCUGCAAGCAGUAGCUCCCCUUUCUGUCCGACCUCCAGCUACAAUCCAGACUUCACUUUCAUCUUUGACACCACUACCCCCUCGACCCCCAGUGCCACUCAUUCCUGGGAGUGUUCGUUGCAGUGGCUGCUUUAAGAUUCUGCUAAAAGGUCAAACAGCUUUCCAAAGGAAAGGCUCAACACAACUCUUCUGCUCGACGGUUUGUCUGACAGGACAUCUGCCCCCAACAAACAAGAACCAAUUAUGUUCUCUAUGCAACAAUGAAAUCGUUCGUGCUCGGGACACAAUAACGAUCCCAGCUGAUGACAACACGUACUUGCACUUUUGUGGGCAGCACUGUUUGUCAAUCUUUAGACACAGGGCGAAAAAAAUUGAAAAGCCUCCUGAAAAAGUGGUCGAAAAACGGCCAGAGAAGAAGAUUGAGAAGCCACAGGAGAAACCUGCUGAGCGACCGGUGGAAAGUGCUAUUUGUAGUGUGUGCAGAAUCACUAACCGGAUCGAACAUGAGGUCAGUCACCAAGGCCGUCUGCACAGACUCUGCAGCGACGCUUGUUUUGUAACUUGGCGCAAGAUGCGACAGUUAGCCAUGAACUGCUGUGAAGGCUGUGGACUUUACUGUAACAGUAGUUCAGACUCCUAUCAUACACUUACCAUUGAAAAAUCUGAGCUCAACUUCUGUGGUCCCACCUGCAUUGGCACUUACAAACAGUCCUGCCGAAGGACAGUUGAGUGUGCCAAAUGUCAUAAGUCUGCCAUCGUGUCAGCCAGCAUCAUGGAGCGAGAUGAGAAGGGAAAAGUUCAACUUUACUGUUCACCUGUUUGUGUGCAAAUGAGCCGACCACCACAACACACUCUAAGCGGAGCUGCAUUUCCAUGCUGUCUGUGCAAGACCGUAGCGAUUCCUCAGUAUCACUUGGCAAUGGUGGACGGCACCAUAAGGAACUUUUGUUCCUAUGAAUGUGUGUCUACUUUCAGGAAAACUGGACAUACUGGGUCAGAUCUAAUGAACGGAAAAUCUUCUCCAAGGGAUGCCCCGCGAAUCGGGCCCACUUCCAGAGCCAGCUCAGUCCCUCCUUUUCCUCAGGAUUACCCAUCUUCAGCCCCCUGUCCCAGCCACCAUGGCAGUAACAGCUCAGUACCCCCGCUGGUUCCUCCAUCAGUUGGCUUGACCUCAACUUCUGCACCUGGGCAAGAUCAUCCCAGAACACCCUCUUCUCAGCCAAUAAAAACAGGCGAGGGUAGACUAGCUGACAGCCCAAAAGUGAGCUGUCAUCAGUGUACCAAGCAGAUCCUUACCAAGCCGCUGCUUUUUGGCCACCAAGAUCAGAUAGCUCUGUUCUGCUCUAUGGCAUGCUGUGAUCUGUAUAAAACACAUAACAACAUCCUGGCAAUGUGUGAGGUUUGUAAGAGGGACAAGAUGCCGUUUGACACAAUCCACUACAAUGGGAAAGACAUUUUCUUCUGCAGUAAACAAUGUAAACAAAGCUUCAAAUUGGCUCUAACAUCUCGUCCCAACCAAUUACCCUGCCGUCCCUGCAGCUAUUGCUUUAGCAUUAGUCAAAAGAUGUUGCAUAGUCACUAUGGAGGCAAGCUGGAAGAGUUCUGCAAGCCUCUCUGCAUGUCCCAGUACACUGUACUCUACUAUGGGAUGGGUCGAUGUGACAGUUGUAGGAAGCAGGGCUACUUAAAUGAGAAGCUGCAGUACAUGGGUUCAGUGCGGAACUUUUGCAACUUGACCUGCUUGCUCGGGUACUGCUCCCUGAAUUUUGAACCGAGCCACCACAGUAAUGGUACUGGCGCAGAACCACCUCAUGCUCCAGCCCAGCCUCAGCACUCCUCAAAAGCUAACCCUGUCAUAGCCGAUGUCGUGUCACUCGCAAAUGGCUCGGCAACUCAGCCCAGUGUGCCAUCGGAUAUUGCUCUCACUGGAGGAGUUCCAAACUCUAGCCUUGAUGGCAAGAUUCUUGAUCAUGCGAGUACUCAAACAGAUGCCAUGCGUGGGUCCCCAACCUCCCGACGUCAAAUGAAGAAUAAGUCCGUUCUUUGCCGGCCAUUCACAAUGGAUCAAGAGAGCCUAUGUCUGCUCCUCGAACCAUCUAAAGAUUCUUCAGAGGGGGACAAAGUGAAGGUGGUAAUGGUGCCAGUUCCUGUGCCAGUCUUUGUCCCAGUGCCUAUGAACAUGUACUCCCAGCACACACCAGUUCCAAUGGCUUUGCCUAUAACUCUUCCAGUGCCCGUUGUUAUACCACCACAACUUAAAGAAGUGGCUGAUGUAGCCACGCAAUCAGAUCCUUGGACCGAAGGGACUAAAAACCUGAACAAUGUUGAGGUCCCUAGAAUAGAUGUAGCGAUCCAGUCAGAUCCUUUGGUAUUAGUGGCUGAAGAGCAAAAUAAUACGAAGGUGGAAUCACGAAUCAAAGAUGUGAAAGAUAUCGCUGUCCAGUCAGAUCCCAUGGUUGCCGCAAAGGUUCCCUUGCCUGUCUUGCUGCCAUUUCCUCGACCCAUGUUUGUGCCACCGCUGCGUAAACGUGCAGUAGCUGCUGCUGAUCAACCCGAUGCUUUGGGUGAGGAGAUGGCUGACCCUGUCCAAUAUGGUCUUUGGGAAGUGGAGCCUGAAACCAAGAUGGCUUUUGAUGACGCCAGCCCAGGCAAGGAUGAAAGUAUGACAUCGGAAGUAGUCACUCCAACAAUCCCCCAAGUUGAAGAGAGUCCAAACACAUCCCAAACAAAAAUUAUUCCUCCAAUAACUUUAGUAAAGAAAAAACAAGUAAAUCGUACCCCACGUAAACGCAAGCUGAAGCCGCAAAAAACAACAAGUGACCACCCUGACACCAUCACUGUGGAACAGCAACCUCCCUCGUCCCCAAUGACUGACUUGGAGUAUGACUUUCCAAUGGAUCCGUCAGAGCUGAAGACAUCAACCCCCCAGCGAGGAGUGAAAAGACCUCGAGAGGGUUUUUCUGGUCGGAAGCGGGGUCGAAGACGAACUGGCUCAGUGGACAGCACCGCUGCUUUGACGCCAGUCAGCUUCGAAUUGAACUACAUGUAUGGUGUUAAAGCAUGGAAAUGCUGGGUGCAGCAACACAACAUGCAUUCUAAAAGAUCCAAUCCAGUGGUUGUUAAAGAGGAAAUUCUUCAGUGUGAUUCUGCUGAGCUGAGCUAUGCUCUGUCUUGCUUUGUAAAAGAAGUGCGUAGGCCAAACGGUGAGGCCUACAGCCCUGACAGCAUUUUCUACCUCUGCCUGGGGAUACAACAGUAUCUGUUUAUGAAGGGCCGCAUAGAAAACAUUUUCACAGAUGAGCUGUACAGUCAGUUUGCAUUGGAGAUCUCUGGGAUGCUACGACUUUGGAAACCUAAACAGCUGCCCAAUGGAAGCCUUAUGUCCUCUCGAGUUGAGGAGUCCUUCUUAUGGGAGUGCAAGCAGCUGGGCGCCUACUCCCCCAUCGUAUUGCUGAACACACUUCUUUUCUUCUACACCAAGAACUUCCACUUCACCACUGUGGCGCAGCACCAAAGCCUCUCUUUUGCCAACUUUAGUUUGCACACCAAACCCUGCAGUCGAGCGGGAAAAGUCCUCUACCUCAGAUACCAGCAAAGCAUUGGGGCUACUCCAGGACGUGUAGAGACUGAGCGAAUGAAAAAAAAUGAAGAUGGUGACAUGGAGAUAGAAGAAAAUGUUACCAAUCCCCUGCACUGUCCAGUCAGACUAUAUGAGUUCUAUCUCUCGAGAUGUCCCCCAACAGCAUUGAAGAGGACAGACAUGUUUUACCUCCAGCCUGAACGCAAUGUCCACACACAAAGUUCCUACUGGUAUACGUCUCAUGCACUACAUCACACCAUUUUGCAGAGCAUGCUAACUCGCAUCUUGGCAGUCAAAGAGGUUCAGCGGUAA